AGGAAGAACUGAAGCUGUUUUGUGAAACGGACAAGAAACUGAUCUGUGUGCUUUGUGUAACUGGGCGGGAACACACGUCUCACAGUUUCAUACCGGUCGAUGAAGCUGUUGAAACCUACAAGGAUCAGGUUAAAUCAUCCGUACAAUCUCUGACAACAAAUAAAUCUGCCAUCCAGGAAAUGGAAGAGCAACAGAAGCAGAAGUUUUCUCAAGUCCGGGAGCAGUCACAAAGCCUCAAGUCUCACGUCACAUCUCAGUCUGUCGAACUGCACCAGAUUCUCGUGAAGAAAGAGCAGCGCAUUCUCGGAGAGAUCAAGGAGGAUGAGGAGAAGAUUCUAAGUCAAAUGGAGAAAAAUCUUCAAGACAUUCAAGAGAAUGUAUACUCUAUUGAGGAGGAACUCUCAAAUCUGCAGGGGCGAAUGGAUCAAACAGACAUCGUGUUAUUUCUGAAGGUCAGGGGUUAUGUUUCAAUCUUGUUCAAUGAAACUGCAGUCACAACAUUGGCAGCGAUAUAUUUGCGAAAAUGCAACUUUUAUCAAUUCCUAUAUUUUUCCAACAUCCCUCAUACAAACCCGCUCUGCUAUCUCAUAAUUCAUACUAGAUGAAUUAGAACAUG